AUGGCUGAUUCUCAGAGAGUUGGUCUUGGUGAGAGAGACAUCGACCAGGCCAUUACAACACUUAAAAAAGGGUCCUAUUUGCUCAAAUAUGGUCGUAGGGGAAAGCCAAAGUUUUGCCCAUUUCAACUUUCAAGUGAUGAGUCUACAUUGAUAUGGUACUCUGGGAAAGAUGAGAAGCAACUCAAGCUUUGUCAAGUUACAAAGAUCAUUCCCGGACAGCGAACGGCAAUAUUUCAUCGCUAUCCUCGACCGGAGAAGGAGUAUCAAUCAUUUUCUCUUAUAUAUGGUGAUAGGUCUUUGGAUUUGAUAUGUAAAGACAAGGACGAAGCUGAUGUUUGGUUUGUUGGUCUGAAGGCGCUAAUUACUCAUGGUAAUUACAACCGAAAAUGGAGGAUUGACACAAGAACCGAGAGUACACCAUCAGAGAGCCCAUAUUCUCGUACACGACGAAGUUCUCCUUCUGUUACACCAUUUGACCUAGAGGCUAUAGAUGGUCGAGAUUCCGCCUCAGACUUGGAUAGUAAUGCACCAAACAGAUUGGGAAAGGCAUUCUCAGACAUUGUAACAUAUACUGCUUCAAUUAACCAUCAAAAUCUAGCAGAUUCUACUGCAAGUACAGUUAGCUCAUUAACUAUUGGAUCCGCGGACAAUAUUCCAAGUGGUCGUAGUUCUACUAAUGAGACAUUUAGAGUCAGUUUAUCAAGUGCUGUAAGCUCGUCCAGCCAGGGUUCGUGUCAAGAUGACUUUGAUGCUUUAGGUGAUGUCUUUAUCUGGGGAGAAGGAAGUGUUGAUGGAGCACUUGGUUGUGGCGUCCAUAGAGUUGGAAAUCCAUAUAUUCCAAAAUCUUAUGCUCUUCUGCCCAAGGCAUUAGAGUCAACUGUUGUUCUUGAUGUUUACAGAAUAGCUUGUGGUAGCAACCAUGCUGCAUUGGUCACAAGACAUGGAGAGAUCUUCAGCUGGGGCCAAGGUUUAGGUGGUAGGCUCGGGCAUGGUAAAGAAGUAGAUGUUCCUUUACCCACACUAAUUGAUGGUUUGAGCGGUAUGAAUGUAGAUGUAAUAGCAUGUGGAGAGUACCACACAUGUGCUGUAACACUUUCUGGGGAUCUUUAUACCUGGGGCGAUGGAACUCACAACUAUGGUCUCCUUGGACAUGGAAGUGAGGUAAGUCACUGGGUCCCAAAAAGGGUUUCUGGUAACAUUGAGGCAACAUAUGUUUCCUCUGUUUCAUGUGGAUCUUGGCAUACAGCUGCAGUGACAAGCAGUGGGCAACUGUUUACAUUUGGAGAUGGAACUUUUGGAACACUAGGUCAUGGUGAUCGUAUUAGCACAAGUGUACCUCGGGAAGUGGAAUCAUUGAGAGGGAUGAGGGUGAAAAAGGUUGCUUGUGGCUUGUGGCACACUGCUGUAGUUGCUGAGGAAGUGAUUACUGAUCCCUUGAGUGGAGAAGUUUCAGCUGGUCCUUCAUCUGGGAAACUUUUCACAUGGGGUAAUGGAGAUGAGGGCUGCCUUGGACAUGGUGAUGAAAAUCCUAGACUAAUCCCUGAGCAAGUAGUCACUUUAGUUGAUGAAAAUGUCUGCCAAGUAGCUUGUGGGCAUAACCUUACAGUGGUACUGACGAUACUAGGGCAAGUAUAUACAAUGGGGAGCUCUACUUAUGGUCAGCUUGGAUGUCCCAAGGCAAAUGGGAAAUUGCCAAACCUUGUUAAAGGUAAACUAUCAGAUUGCAUUAUAGAAGAGGUUAGUUGUGGUUCAUAUCAUGUUGCAGCUUUGACCUCUAAAGCAGAGGUAUAUACUUGGGGAAAAGGAGCAAAUGGGCAGUUAGGCCACGGUGACAAAGAAAGUAGAAAUACACCUAAAUUAGUUGAUUUCUUAAAGGAUAAGCAAGUCAAAACUGUGGUAUGUGGUUCCAAUUUUACAGCUAUUAUAUGUCUUCAUAAAUGGGUGGGCAGCGCUGAUCACUCAUUAUGCACGGGUUGUCGAAAUCAAUUCGGCUUUAGAAGAAAACGUCAUAACUGCUACAAUUGUGGGCUAGUGUUUUGCAAAGCAUGCAGCACUAGAAAGUCUCUAAAAGCUUCUUUGGCUCCAAGUACUAAUAAGCCAUAUCGAGUUUGUGAUGAUUGUUAUUAUAAACUGAAGAAGGUGUUGGAGUCUAAUCAUCAAUCUUCACACACUCCCAAGGCUCGAACUGGAAACAAUCCUGAUAAAAGUAUCGAUAUGAUGGAGAAAGAGACAGUAAUCCCCAGAUUGUUGUCACAAUACUCCAAACUCUCAACUAUUGACGCCAUUCAUGGGAGCAAAACAUGGCAGUCGAAACAUAGUAGUAAGAAAAGGUUGUGUAAUAGUUGUGUAUUUCCUGCUAUAACUGCCAACUUACAGUCAUUGGAAUUAAGUCAUUUUAAAGUACCUACAAUUGCACAAGGUUCCUUGAAGAAGCCCUUACAAAAGAACUUACCAUCUUCCAGUGUUUGUUUGAGAACUCCUAUUAUUAUAGAUGACACAAGAAAUAUGAAUGUCACUUAUUCUGAAGAAAUCCAAAGCUUAAGGGAACAGGUAGAACAUCUCACUUUAAAAAUCCAUCGUCUUGAAGCUGAGGUUGAAACAAAAGCAAAUCAGCUAAAACAAGUUACUUCACUGGCUGCUGAUGAAGCUGAAAAGUGCAAAUCAGCAAAGGAAGUCAUCAAGUCCCUGACCACUCAGUUGAAAGAGAUGGUUGAAAGAGCCUCCGAGGGAGAGGGCCUAGAUGGCACCAAACAUGAGUCUAAUGCCAGCCAUUCAACAAAUGAACUAUCUCGUGAAAUCGAACCCAAUGGAAACUCAAUAGAUAACCAUAUGCUGACAUAUGGACCCAAGUGCCAAAAUGAGAAACCACAACAUGUGAUACAGGCUGAACCAGGGGUGUUCAUCACUUUGUCAUCCUUGCCUGGUGGCGCCAAUGAACUCAAACGAGUUCGUUUCAGUCGCAAAUAUUUCUCGGAAGAAGAAGCUGAAAGAUGGUGGACGGAGAAAGGGACCAAGGUAUGUGAGCGUUACAACAUUCAUAUAGAGUGA